AUGGCAGACGAUACUCGACAGAGCUCCCCCACUUAUCCACCACCUAAGGCGGAGGAUGUUGCGCAAGAAGCUGCCCGCUACCGCACGCCCGCGAACACCAUGCCCGGCGGGACCGCCAACACCGCCGGGGGCGAGAAACUCGACGACGAGUCGAUGCUCACGAAAGCCGUUAAGAUGAUUACAUGGGAGGACUGGAAGAAUAUUGGGAGGAUGCCAUGCGCGAAAGAUUCGCUGAUGACUGGGAUAUUGUCGGGGUUUGUCAUGGGAGGCAUGAUGGGCUUGGUUGGGCGAAACGUGUGGACUGCCUGCAACGUCUCCGUCGGCGCCUUUAUGCUUUCCUCCACAGGUGGUUACACCUACUGCCAAUAUAGGCGGUCCAUAGAACGGGAUGGCUUGCGACAAGUACAAGCAGUAGCCGCAGCGAAGAAGGCUGAACACGAGGAGAAGAGACGCAAGGCGAUUGCGAAGAGGAAAGAAGAAGAGCGAAUCAUCAAGGAGAAGCUAGAGGAAGAGAGGAGAAAGUCGUGGUCGUACUGGGCCUCGCGGAAUCUGAAGUUUUGGGGCAGUGAAAAAUAA